AUCUCAACCAAACCCAAUCCAACCCAACCCGCUUCAGGGUUUAUCGCUCACGCCGCGCCGCCUCCUCACCCCCGCCUCCCGCCGCCGCCGCUUCUCCCCGAACCUUCGCCGGCGAACGGCCGGGCAUGUGGGCUGUGCGGAGUCUCCGCCGUAACCUCCUGCGAGCGGCCUCCUCGCCGCUCCACCCCAGGUGCCCUCUCCCCCCCGGGAGCUUCGCGGCGGGAUGCGGCGGCGAGGCUGCGGCUGCGGCGUCGGCGCGGUCCGCGUUGCUGCCGCCGCCGGGGGCGGGGGGCGGGUGGUGGCGGCGGCGGAUGAUGUCGACGACGAAGGGGAGGAGCAUGCGGAGCAAGGUGGAGAAGCGGAUGGCGAGGGAGACCGGGCGCACGCAGCGGGAGCUGCGGCGCGCCGUCAAGCUCAGGAAGAAGCUCAUGACCGACGAUGAGAGGCUCAUCUACAGCCUCAGGAGGGCCAAGAAAAAAGUUGCUUUGCUUCUACAAAAGCUCAAGAAGUAUGAGCUACCAGACUUGCCAGCUCCUCGACAUGAUCCCGAGCUGUUGACAGCCGAGCAACUACAGGCUUACAAGAAGAUUGGAUUCAGAAAUAGAAACUACGUGCCUGUAGGAGUUCGUGGAGUUUUUGGAGGUGUUGUUCAAAACAUGCAUAUGCACUGGAAAUUCCAUGAAACUGUGCAAGUUUGCUGUGACAACUUCCCAAAGGAAAAAAUCAAGGAAAUGGCAGCGAUGCUGACAAGAUUGAGUGGUGGCAUAGUGAUCAACAUUCAUAAUACCAAGACGAUUAUCAUGUUUCGAGGAAGAAACUAUCGUCAACCAAAGAACCUCAUACCUUUGAACACACUAACCAAAAGGAAGGCUUUAUUCAAGGCUAGAUUUGAGCAGGCUCUAGAGUCACAGAAACUAAACAUCAAGAAGAUAGAGACACAACUCCGUCGUAAGGGUAUCAAUCCGGAGGACCCAGUUGCCAUGGCCAGCAUACAGCGAGUUGCAUCAACAUUCUUCCGAGCCAUAGAUGAGCAGCAGGGUACUCCCUACGUCUUCCGUGGUGAUACACAACCAACUGCUGGGACCACUGAAAUAAAGGAACCACAUGAUCAGCAAUCUGAGGAUAGCGACCAGGAAGAGCUUGAUCGCUUUAUAGCAGAAAUAGAGACCGCAGCUGAGCAGCAAUGGGAGGAAGAAGAGGCAGCGGAGAAAGAAGAAUCUUCUCGACUGCGAUACUGGGACAGAGAAGAGGGGAGUGAGAGGAGGGGUUUCAAUAGGAGCUACGACAACCCAGGCAAUGAAUAUAGAGACCAGGGAAGAUACACGAGAGACAACAACAGAAGGACAGCGGAUUCAAGGAGGUGGGACGAUGAUAGCGAGAUAGAUGUGUCAGGUGAGGAAUGGGACUCUGAUGACGAUAAGGAUAAUGUAUUUGACAAUGACGUAGAUGCUCCUGAUGAACACCCUCGACGAUUUGAAAGCAUGAGAAGCGAGAAGAGCAGAUCCGAUCGCAGUCGGAAUUAUACAUCUAGGGGUUCCAGAAGUUCCAUUGAGAAACCAAGGAAUUCAGCUACUGCUUCUGGUAGAAGCGUGUUCAGGGAAAGUGAGGAUGAUGAGUUAGAUACUGAAGAUGAUGAGUUGUGGGGACCAGAUUUGAAGGAAGAGAGAAACUUGAGAGCCCCUAAGGUGAAUUUCGCUAACUAUCACAGUGGCACCAGCAGCGAGGAGGACACUGAUGACAACUGGAAACAAGACUCCAGGACUGGCAAUACGAGGAAGAAUACUGAUGAGAGCUGGGACAGUGACUAAUGAAGAAUAAGAAAUCGAAUAUUUCGAAACUAAGAUAUUUCAUGGCUGCCACAGGUUACAUUCUCGCCUAACGGUGAACUGGAUGGAAGACAAUACACUUGGUUUUGGUGAGACCAACUGUUCUUUUAACAGUUCAUAUUGAAACCUUCAGAGUUCAGACAUUGCUUUGGUCCCAACUGACAUCGCUAUAAAUUGCCUGCAUUGGAUCUUAGACUGCAAUGACACUGCUAUCACAUCCUCAAAUCAGGGGCCUGCAUGUUUUAGGCAUGCGAAUUCCUUGGGCUCUUAACAAAGAGACAUGCACAUAUACAUACUUUGAUGGUCCUGUAUGUCGUCGUCUAUGUCGAGAUAUAUGAUGUAUUCAUUGAAUUACUUCAUUGAAUGCUCUUGAUAAGCUUAAGAAAGCACUGCCAUUUAUUGCGCCCUUCUAACUGCAGUGAGCCUGUCUUGUCCUAGCUAGAUUCAGGGCUUGUUUGAAAUGCAGAAAUUUCAUACUCCCAAGUUCCUCCAUUCCAAAGGAGGUAGAAUGUUUUUCCCCCUGUCCCCAGCCAUACUUUUCUAGUAGUUCAGGCGUAGCACUAGAGCCACAUUAUAAUUAACCAUGAUAAAACAUAUAAUUCAGACUCUGAUCACUAUCAACUGAAAGCCAAAGCAAUGCUCAACGACUAUCAGCUCAAUGACAAAGCAAUGCUCAACGGGAAGCAUUUGAAAGAUGUAUACUAACCAAAUUAAGUAACAUAUACACGAAUAUAAGCCUGUCUAGCCAAUAUCUAGUGCCAAAAAAUUAUUCGUAAGUUUACCUAGCAGAGGUAGCAAGAGAUACAACACCACGAGACCUUUCAGAUUUCGACAGGAAACUAGAAACUACUGAACCAAUGAAAAAAAAUAUUUCCACAAAUUCUUGGUGGAAAAAGAAUUCUUUUGGUGCAGCCUAUUUGGUGCCUAAAAAUUUGUCACCUCCAUCAAUGUCCUCCUCCCUCUUUUGCUGUUGAAUCCUAAAUGUAGUGGUCAACCGAAACAGAUGUCACUGCAUUUGAUCAUAAAAACUGUA